AUGAUGUCAACUCUGAUACACCCAAAAGAAACAGGGGGAGAAAGUAAGAGUGAACAAUCAGCUGAUGGUCGGAAUACCUCAGACUCGGAAGAUGGAGAUGUCGGAAAAAGAAAUAAAUCCCUCCGCAAACUUUGGUGGGAAUUUCUAUCUGAGACGACCUGUCAUGGCUUCGGAAGAGUAACCAUAAUACAAAGAAAUAGGAUACGGGGACUUCUUUGGAUAUCCUUCCUGUUAACUUCGAUGACGUUUGUCGCUGUGUGUUUGGUACAGGAAUUUCAGAGUUACUUUUCGUAUCCAUUUACUAGUAAAUCUUUCCUAGAAACUUUCGAAAGAAUGCCAUUUCCUGCCGUAACCAUCUGCAACAUGGGCUCCAAGAAUCGGUCAAAAUCCUCCAAAUCCCAGAAGGACGCAGACUAUUGGUUGUCGGUCUCGAGUGUUGCUGUUUUUGCCACCAAAAAGGUGGACUGGAAUGAUUCUUAUUACAGAGAAAACGGAUAUUUUGAACCAAAUAGUUUGGAAAAGGAAUUGAAUAUCAGCAUGGAUGUUUCCAAGUUCAUUUUGUUCAGUACCUUUGAUUUUAUGACUGAAUUAGUAUUCAAACCCACUCUGACGUCAUUAGGGAUCUGCCACACGUGGAAUGGGGACGGGAACGUGACGACGAAGAUGACCGGCUCUCUGUACAAUUUGCGUGUAAUGCUGGACAUACACAGGGAUCUGUACGAAUUUGGUUUAACAGCCACAACUGGUGUCAAGGUUAUAGUACAUGAGCCUGGUACUGCAGUAGAUCCAAUCUAUGAAGGGUUCGCUGUCGCGCCUGGAGUGUCUGCAUUGGCGUCUGUGUCCAAGAAAAGGUUCUCUUUCUUGCCAUAUCCAUUCAAGGCAUUUGUGGAUGGGUAUUGUGUGGACACGCAGGCUUCAGAUUUUGUCAACAAAUUCUACCCCAUACCAUACAGUAUAGGCACCUGUAAAAGGUUCUGUUUUUCGGAAAUAGUUUUCGAAAGAUGUGGAUGCGUGCAAGUGGGUGAUUUGGGAAAUCAUUCCUAUUGUUCAAAGUACCAGAUGUCCACGUGCUACUUAAAGGAAAUGAUGAAUUUGGUAUACCAGGAUGUUUUGGGUGACGUUCAAUGUGACUGUCCAUACCCCUGUGAGGAAAUGCGUUAUGACGUUACAGUGUCGACCAAUCAGUUUCCUUCAGAUUCUUUUGCCAAGAUUGCGUCUUCGCAUUUCAAUGUGUCUGAAGAACGAAUUCGGGACAACAUCCUAGAAAUAUCAAUAUUUUAUGAUCAGCUGUUUUACUUCUGGAUGAAGCAAAUCCCAAAGUACGAACGAAUGGGAGAUGUUUUAGCGAGCAUUGGUGGUCAGAUGGGAUUGUUUAUUGGAGCAAGCGUUCUUACUAUAAUGGAAUUUUUUGAAGUAAUAUUUUUAGUGUUGCUUUUUAUCCUCAAACAAUUUAUUUCUAAGCCAAGGACAGGAUCGAAGGAUCCAGGUCUGUGAACACAUAUAUCUGCAUUUGAUAAACAGUAUACCAUACCGUACACGGUACGAAGGAUACCGCGAUCAUGCCAUUUAUUGUCCAUGUGAUAACGAGAUUGUGAAUCAACAAGUUCUGUAAUACGAAC